AAAAAAGUCGGGAGAGAGAGGAAAAGAUAUCUACCUUAGGGAAGAACCUCAGAGAGAGGGAGGGAAGGAGAGGACGGGUAGGAGCGUGUGCAUGAGUGUAAGAGACACUUAUUCUCUUAACUACUUGGAGACAGACACACUUUCCUGGCCCGACUCAAAGAAAGAGAGGGGGAAAAACAGGAGGAAGAGUUUUUUUUUCUUUUUUUUUUUGGUCAAAUAUUUAAAUUUUCCCUUCAUUCAAUAAUUAAGCUACUCUAGAAGCUCCACAUCCUGGGAAAGUCUCCUUCACUGCCUACUGGAAGUUCUGCGUAUUGAUCCGCUCACACACACUUGACAAGGCUUACCUCAUGGAUUUGUAUCUGAUUGGAUAUUUGCUGUGUGUAUGGUUGUCCAGCUCACGGGUGCUCGGAGGCUAUCCCAUCUGGUGGUCGCUGGCUCUGGGACAGCAGUACUCGUCUCUGGGCUCCCAACCCAUCCUGUGUGGCUCCAUCCCCGGCCUGGUGCCCAAGCAGCUUCGCUUCUGUCGUAACUACAUCGAGAUCAUGCCCAGUGUUGCUGAGGGUGUCAAACUGGGUAUCCAGGAAUGUCAGCACCAGUUCAGGGGCCGCCGAUGGAACUGCACCACCAUCAAGGACAACCUGGCCAUCUUCGGACCGGUGCUGGAUAAAGCUACAAGAGAGUCUGCGUUCGUCCACGCCAUAGCCUCUGCCGGCGUUGCCUUUGCAGUGACGCGAUCCUGCGCCGAGGGCACGUCCACCAUGUGCGGCUGCGACUCCCACCACAAGGGGCCACCGGGCGAGGGCUGGAAGUGGGGCGGCUGCAGCGAGGAUGCAGAGUUUGGGGUGCUGGUGUCGAGGGAGUUUGCAGACGCCAGAGAGAACAGACCGGACGCUCGCUCUGCAAUGAACCGGCACAACAAUGAGGCUGGACGCACAACCAUCCUCGACCAUAUGCAUCUGCGCUGUAAAUGCCACGGCCUCUCUGGAAGCUGCGAGGUGAAGACGUGUUGGUGGGCGCAGCCAGAUUUCCGCACAUUGGGCGACUACCUGAAGGACAAGUACGACAGCGCUUCAGAGAUGGUGGUGGAGAAGCACCGCGAGUCCCGGGGUUGGGUGGAGACCCUACGAGUGAAGUAUGCCUUCUUCAAGCACCCCACCGAGCGUGACCUGGUUUACUAUGAAGGCUCACCCAACUUCUGCGAGCCCAAUCCGGAAACAGGAUCGUUCGGGACGCGCGACCGCGUCUGCAACGUGUCGUCACACGGCAUCGAGGGAUGCGACCUCCUAUGCUGCGGCCGUGGCCACAACACCCGGACUGAGAAGCGCAAGGAGAAGUGCCACUGCAUCUUCCACUGGUGCUGCUACGUCAGCUGCCAGGAGUGCGUACGUGUCUAUGACGUGCAUACGUGCAAAUAAAAGGCCUGUACUUAAAGGCAAAACUGACUGCUGGACCUUCUAGCCCAAUCUCCACCUCCUGCACAACUUCCCCUGCAGAUGUAUACACAUUCUGCAUCUCGGUCAAUAACCCACUCACACAAACUCAGGCUGUAAAGUACGGAGCCAAGCCAGGGUCAGGUAAAAGACAAUAAAAACAGAGGUCGGGUUUUAGGUUAGUUCAGUCAUUCCUUGUGCUCACUGAUUUACUGAUACAUUGGUGUUUAUAUACACUCACUCUAAACCUGGGCUUAAAAGAUUGCCUACAACUUGCAACAUUUAUAUAAUAGUCAAUACUUCAAUGGUAGAGUCAUUAAAUCUCAUUGGACAUACAUGCAUCAGACCUUUACUUUUCCGGCUAAAGUUUGCACAGGAAAUGGAAACCUACCAGGGCUUUAUACUCUCAUAUCAUGGGAGAUGAAGGACAGAGAAACUUAACUCAAGAGAAAUUAAACUCAAAGUGUUGCAAAUAUUUACUUCUUUUUCCAAAGAACUGGAGGUUCUAUAAAUUGAGAGCUAUAGCAAUCUUGGAUAGAAGAACAGCAAUUAAAAUAGCCCAAUGUUUUUAACCAAUUCAUUCAUAAGAAUAUAAACCAUGGUAUAUUACUUUAUUUUUCUAUAAAAAUAAAGUUAAAUAUGUUUAUAUAUGAUGGAGAUAAUUGGUAUAUAUGAGAAAUAGUUUUGAUACCCAAUAAGCGCCCAUGUAACAAUAGUGUAAAAGUCUUCAGACGCAUUAAAAUUAAUUUACCUUUAAAAAAGAAAACACACCUACAUGAUGCUAGCAAUAUUUUAAAAGUUUUCAGAUGUUUUAUGUCCAGUUUUUCUGUUUUUUUUUUCCAUCAAGAAAAGGACAUAAAUAACCCAGCUGCAGCAAAUCUCUCCUGCUGCCCUGUUUACAUGAAGGCUAACUUUAGUUAAGUGGCACAGCCAGACAUGUAAGAAAGCUGGGAAAGUUGCAGGUUAAAUUUCCAACGAGCCACUGUUUUAAUAGCCGUGGAAUUGCUAAUAGCUCAUCUACUGAUCUGUUAGGUGGGUUGUUGUUGAAAUGAGUGGAUUCAGUAGUUUUCAAUAUUGGUGUUGCUAAGGACACUGUUUACAUAUUAUAGUUUAACAUCCACCAGAAAAAAAUCCUCAAAUAAGUAAUAUCCCAGUUAAAACAUAUUGCCCCGCUUUGAUUACUAUACAUAUAAGGAACAUUUUCUGAUAGUUAAAUAGAACAUUUGUGCUAAUUUUAGCCAUACUUGUCUUCCUACUAUAGAGAUAGAUACUGUCAUAAAUGUUGGGCGGAUGUUAGGUACAGUCCUGUGAAAAAGCAUGAGUCCUGUGAAAAAGCAUGUGUCCCCAACAGCUUUCUUCUGUAUUUGAUUUUUAAUUACACAAUAUACAAUUAAAAAUUUCUGGAACAUUUUCAUAUCAGACAAUUAUAACCUAAGUGAAUCUAAAAUGCAGUUUUCAAACAGUGAUGUCAGAGGAAAGGAGACUGCCUGUGCCAACAGAGUGCUACGUGAGAACAUCCUGGCCCUGCUCUGGAUUUUUUUUGUGGAGAACAGAGGAUUUAUGAUUCCAUCAAUAAGAACAAGCUGUUUAGGUCCUGCAGCAGCAAAGCAGACCCAAGACGCCACCACGUGUGACUGUCUGUUUGGUCAAACACAGCAUGGUAUCCGUCUAACAGCCUUUUACUCAAAGGUUGUGUUAGUUUCAUGGCAGGUGUCUUACCUGCCAAAAAGUUACACUUUUUGUUUCUUGAGUCCACAAAAUAUUUUCUCAAAACUGUUGGGGAUCGUCUUCAAAUGUGACACAAACCAUUGUGUUUUUGCUUAAGAUUGGGUUUCACAUUGGAUCUCAGCAUGGAUACUAUUUAAGCCCGUACUCCGUCUUAUUGUUGAACCAUGAACAAUGAUCUUAAAUGAGGAGUGAGGACUGCAGGACAUUAGAUGUUGUUCUCGGUUCUUUUGUGACAUCCUCAAGCAGUCAUUGUUGACCUCUUGGGGUAAUUGUGGUAGACCUCUGAGAAGGUCCUCCACUGCUCCACGUGUUCCCCGUUUGUGGCUGAUGGCUCUCACUGGAAUUCCCUGGAGUCCAAAAGCCUUAGACCUUGUCUACACCUAGUCGGAUACCUCGGAAAAUGAAUACAUUUCCACGUGUUUUGCCAUUUCAUCCACACGAAAACUCGAUUUUACGUAAUUAAAAACGACUAUUUAUGAAAAAUCGGGCCAAAGUGGAGAUUUGAGAAAACCCCGUUUUUGUGUUUGGGUGUGUACAUGGCAAAACUGAGUUUUAGGAUCCUGCACAUCACACUGUGUAACAAAUAAUGCAGCGCCGACGUCACCAUUGUGCCACCAUUGUGCCACCAUUGUUAUUUACUCGGCCACGACGUGGAGGAAAAAUUAAUGCUAUCAGAGAUGUGCUAAUUUUUAUGUUGGUUAAGACGCUUUUAGCUGGUUUGUUUUUACUAGCCCAACUGCUCCAGUUGAGGUGAAAAGGUGAAAGAGUGCUUAGAGAUGAGCUGUUUUACAGCAACUCUCCCUGCAAAUACGGAGCCACAAUGCUGUUGAACGUCAGCAUUGUUUUAAAGGAUUCUGACUGGCUGACAUGGGCUUUAGCUUAGCAGUACACUGCCCGCUGUGCCUUUGACAUGUUUACAACAAUGCUCUGGCCUAUUUGUGUUGGUUCAUGUGGAUGAAAAACCUUUUGUGAAAUUGGCCUCAUGUGUAUGAUGUUAAUUUUAAAAAAUUACGUGGGUCAGAUAUUCCCAUUUAUAAAAACUAGAGGGACUAGUGAAAGGGAACCAAAAGACACCUGCAUCACAGAUAAUUUUUGAUUGUGCGAAGUUGAGCGAUUCAUUUUCCACAAGGCUACAAACUACCAUUAGUAUUUACUCAGUUUAUUACUGUCUGAUAUGGAUUUUUGUUCGAUCUGAGAUAUUUUAAGAGUGUCAAAACAGUGAGAAGCAAAGAAAUCUGUUAGGUGGCAAAAAAAAAUUAAACUCACUUUUACGUCUCAAUUAUUACAGAUGAGCGGUAUAAAUAUUGAUAAUAAGACAUUUAAAUAAGGACAUGAUACAAACAGCAGCCACGGUGGCCUUUUUUUUAGUCAGUUCAUGGUUGCACUUUUUAAUCUUUGUGACACUUAUGCUGAAAAUCUACCAUUGUGAUCCCUGACUUGAUGCUGGGGUGUGGACCCUAACUUUGGAAACCUGUGACCUAAGCAUCCGACAUGCUUCGCAGAUCCUUGCAAAUUAAAAUUUGAACUUGGGAUUUGUUCUACUUUUGAGCUGAUGAAGGGAUGUCGAGCUAGGGAUUUCCGCUUUUAGCUUGUUCCCCGACAGAUUUUGUUUCCUAAUCCACUGAACCUCUGUUUUUAUCUGGAAAUUUGGCCCUCGCAUGGCUCCAUAUUGAAUGAGGUGAAUCAGAACUAAAGCAAACUAAGAGCUUUCGACCCCAGCACUGGACUCUCUGAAAAAACUUAAACCACUCUCAUGGGAAGCAGUUGUGCCACUUUCAGUGCCCUCUCCCCCACGUCUUUAUUUAUUUCCCUCCUCUAUGCCAACAUGAUGUUUGUGGCAUGUAUAGUAACACGUAAUGCAGUAAAAACCCACCCUUCUUUCCAACUAACACCUCACUUCUCCAGCGACGAUGUCUGUGUAAACUAACCUGACAUCCACUCCUCCAGUUACUCUUCUGUAGGCCAACAUCACCUUUUUAAACUACUGAACUGAAAACAGCAGGCGGGCGCUGAAGGUGCAACGGUCCUGUCUAUUGUAAACUACUGAGCUGAUUGAGUCCUUUCCACUGGACCAGUCAAUUGGGAAAUCUGGAAUAUAUAUAUAUAUAUACACAACAGUGAUGCUUAUAUCCUUGCAUUUCUGAAUUAUGACCAUCGGGAUGGGACUGGAGGUAUGUAGGAGGGGGGCAUACUCAUUCCUCUCAUUAACAUCUCCACACAGGUUUAUGCACUACUCAAGAUAAUUCCAGGUGGGAAUGCAAAAUCAAACAACAAAAAAAAGGCUACAAAGGUCUUAUGAAUGAUGGCUUUGUUGCACUUUCCGAGAGCACGUUUAGCCUCUAAACUGCUUAUGAAUUCAUGCAUCAUACUUGAGUCAAGCUUUAGCGUGUUUAAUUACAGUUGGUCAGGUUCAUCAUAAAGAUUUGUGUCUAAAAAUAAAUUUGAUUCAGUAAAAAAACAAAAAACAAAAAAAAACAGGGGGCUUGUGAUAACACGUGGCGGCCAAGGGUUAGGGAAGCCUCUGAUUGGCUACCGUAUCUCUCCAGCAUUCCUUCAUGUUUUUGCUGGGCUGAAGCGUUCGAGAGCUCUGAUUUAUGAAGCUGUAUUCUUGUCUGUGCUUAAAACACGCGUGCCGCGCUGCUGCUGCGGUGCUGCUGGAAGAGCAGGCAGCGGUUCAGCAGAGGAAUGGAUCUCAGGAGAUUGGUGUUUGCGUUUUAACUGGAGGAGCGCUGAGGGAAAAUGAUGUCAUUUGUGAGGGGAAAGAUAAAAAAAAAAAAAAAAAAA